AUGGUUGAAGCAUCGGCGAAUCUAGUCAUUGAACAGGAGAAAUCAAUAGUUUUCAAUGAAUUUCAGCAUCUAGAUGCGUUUUAUACCUUGUUUGACACAAUUUGCAGUUCAGUUGGGGAUGUUCGUAAGGAGGAGACACUGCUUACCAAAUUUGCAAAGCAGCCCCAUCUUUUGGACCCAUAUUUGAAUGAGAUGCUGGGGAAGUGCAUCGCACUAAUUUACAGCAACAUUGAAAGUCCCAAGAUAUACCACUUUGUGUUUAAGAUCAUUCACCUGAUGACGAAUACGAGAGGUUACAAGAGUCUUAUUCGUUUAAUGCCGCAUACGGUGGAUGACUUAGAACCUGUUUUUGAUCUCCUUAAGCUUCAGGAUAUUGAUGAUCACAAUAAUUGGCAGACUCGUUAUGUGCUGCUGCUAUGGCUAUCAAUCGUUAUCAUGGUGCCUUUUGCACUUGAGCGGCUUGAGAAGCCGGGUAAAGCACCACUAAUUGAGCGUAUCUUGAGCGAAGCCAAGAAGCAUGUUGUCCUGGUCGACACCACCCAAAUAGCUGCUGCACACCUUUUGGCAAAAUUCAUAUCGCGUCCAGAUGUGUACCCAUCAAAGCUGGAGGAUGUUAUUCUUUGGGCUGAGGGUGAACUGAAGGAAGCCAAUUAUGAUUCACAAAGGGAUCAAAUGCGUGUAGCUGGUUUUCUUCGUGGCCUUGCCAGCAUUUGUAAGAUCGUGCCUCGUCAUGUUCUUCUUCCCUUCGCACUACGACUGCUCGAUAUUAUCACCAGCGUGGUGCCGGAUAAGGUAUCCGGAAAUAUUCUCCUUGCUCGUCUCCGUUGUAAGCUCAUUCAGCGUGUGGGAUUGCUGUUCUGUCGCCGUAGGGCUGCUGCAGCGUCUUGGCGCUAUCAACGUGGCUUUCGCUCUCUUGCCGACAACCUCAGCUCUCUGACUCAUCAACAGGCUACCAUCGAGAGCGGCGGAGACGUACAGAAAAUGGGGCCUGCGCCUGCGGCAGCUUCCUAUCUGACAUCUAAAGGCAUCAAAAAAGAGGACGAUGGAUUCGAGGAGGAUGACGAUGUUGAAUCACCAGAUGAGGUUGCGAUUGUGAUUGACAACUUGAUUGAUGCAUUGAGAAGUAAAUUUACGUGUGUUCGAUGGUCAGCCGCUAAAGGGGUUGGUCGAAUAUGUUCUCGACUGACUGCCCCGUAUGUAGAUGACGUGCUUACCGCAAUUUUGGAUCUCUGCACGCGACUGGAAACCUUCUCGGCGUGGCAUGGUGCAUGUUUUGCGCUUGCGGAACUUGGGAGACGGUGUCUUCUCUUACCGGAAAAACUUCCGAGGGUCAUCCCUGUCGUUUUAACAGCACUGUUCUACGAUGAGAAGUCUGGUGAUUGCAACUUUGGAUCUAAUGUGCGCGACGCAGCCUGCUAUUGCUGUUGGGCUUUUGCUAGAGCCUAUAAGGCCUCUGACUUUGCUUGCCAUGUGCACGAGGUAUCACAGAAACUCAUUCUCUCCGCUCUCUUUGACCGGGAGCUAAAUGUUCGGAGGGCAGCAGCAGCAGCUUUUCAGGAGAAUGUUGGUCGUCAGGGACAGUUUGCUAAUGGCAUCGAAAUCAUCACGACUGUAGAUUACUUUGCCGUUGGGAGUAUUUCCAACUGCUAUCUCAACUUGAGUAAGUUUGUGGCAGGUUUCAGUGAGUACACGCUUGCUGUCGUGGAGCAUCUUGCUUUCUGGAGACUUGGGCAUUGGGAUGAAAAUAUACGUGACAUGGCUGCUCGUUCUCUAAAUAACCUGUUCCCGCUUGCUGCAGACUACAUUGUUCAAUCAAUUUUGCCCCAACUCGUAAAGAACGUGAGUGGCACGGAUCUAUAUAUGAGGCAGGGUAGCGUUCUGGGCAUCGCAGAAUUGAUUCAACCCCUAUCAGAAAUGAAUUCCCUCUCUGACGCAGUCAUUGAUAGCAUCGCGGAGAUUGUUCCCCAGCUAGAACAACGUAAGCUCUUCAAUGGAGUCGCAGGUGAACUAAUGCGCCGUGCCUGCUGUCGCCUCAUUGAGAAGGUGUCGAUUUCCAAAUUGUCCUUUUAUGAGCAUCCGAUUAUUGGUAAUUCGGCUACUCGGAAUUGUUGUGCUGGCCCCUUUGCCCACGUGCCUUCUAAUCGCUGCGAUCCCGCUAUUCCGGCUUAUGGUGCGCUCCUUUCAACAUACAUCUUUAACAAGGAUGGAGCUCUAAGGAGAGACUAUCGUGACAUGCUGUUGGCUCACUUGUUGGAGAAUCUUAACGCUCGAACGGAGAGUUGCCAGGUUGGGUAUUUGGGCGUGUUAAGCCAAGCACCAGGUUUUCUCUUCGUUGACAAUAUCGAUGAGAGUCUUCGCGCCAUCAGUGCCUGCUGCCGACCCGUAAAACUCACCCUCCUCUGGGGCAAUGCACGCCAACGCGCUCUCUCAACUCUUGCCGAGUACACCUCCUUCUCCUUCCUGGAAUUUCACUGGUUGGUACCCGACCGACUUAAUGCCUUCAAAUUCUUUAGAGUUGUCAAGCAUAUUGGAAUGGAAGAGAGUAAAAUUUCAUGUAAUCAGCUGCGCUCUCUUUACCCUGUCUUCCUUGGUUCACUUGCGGACUACACAACUGAUUCUCGAGGUGACAUAGGUUCGAUCGUACGGGAGGCGGGUAUGCAAGCACUGCUGGAUUUUUCCAGCAAUUUGGUGAAGUUUGGUCGUUUUGGUGUCAUCGAAAGUGACGUAAUGGAGCAAGUGUGUGUCCAGGUUGCGCGACAAGCAGUGGAAAAGAUUGAUCGAACAAGAGCCACGGCAGGUCAAGUCUUUGUUGGCCUCCUCAAUCAUGAGCCGGAGAUUCCCCAUAUUCCUCAUGCAGAUGCUCUGCGGGUCAUUUUUACCGAUGAAGUUCUAGAAGAAGUGCAUUGGCGCACGGCUGAAACGACAUUUCCUCUCUUUGUACAGCUGUUUGAUUUCUCCGAUUUCCACUAUCAGCUCGUUCUUGGUUUUUCUGCUAGUAUAGGUAGUGUUACGGAGAACACCGUCAAAGCCAGCUCAGCUGCCUUGCAUGAUUACAUUGUCAAGCAUGAGACUGAUCCCGAUUUUAUUUUGCGUCUCAUGAAGACCGUUGGUCGGAUAUUCACAACUCUUAGCGAACAGCCCAGACUGUGUCUUUCUCUGUUGCGCUUUCUCGACUUCCUCCUCUGUGAUCCUGUAAUUGCCGCCUGCAUGGAAUCUCACCUGUCCCUUGUUGACCAACUGGUUUCUUGCACUUGGAAAUUCAUCCGGCUGUCGACUGAGGUCGCCAAGCUCAAGUCGGCCAUUGAUAUAUACGGUGCAGCUCUCCAAUUCGCUGACCCGGUGCGACACAAGGCUGCUCAGUAUCUAACACAAAGUCUUCGUCAUCGGUACCCUAUAAUCCGUAAAACCGCCGCAACCAAACUCUUUGAAUGCAUUUUGAUCUACGACGUGGUGGAACCCGAAAUAAAUAGUGAACUCUCUGAUCUAUUGUCCGAAACAGUUUGGGAACAAGAGCUUGCAGAACUGAAACCAACUCGUCUGCGCAUUUGCGAGUUACUCGGUGUGCCAUCCACAAGACCUGAUUCCGCCGCAUCCAACGGAUAG